GACUCAAAUGUACUUAUAAAUAAUAAGUUGCCCCCAAUAUAUACAUAACAAAACAAUACUUAAAAUGGAGACGAUUUUGGGCAUUAAAGGAUUUGAUUUCGUCAUACUGGCUUCAGAUACCAUGAAAGCAAAGUUCGUUAUGUGGUUGGAUGAAGACAAAUCAAAGAUCCAUCGCCUGACAAACUAUUCCAUGAUGUCGGCCGUGGGCGAUGGUGGAGAUUGCCUGCAGUUCUCGGAUUUCAUUCUUCGGAACCUGGACCUUUACAAGGUGACCAACGGCUAUGACUUGACUGUUCGCGGGGCGGUGCACUUCAUCCGGACCAAUUUGUCCGCCUAUCUCCGGAGCAACGUGAAGUACAUGGUGGCCCUGCUGGUCGGUGGAUUUGAUCUUACUAGCGGUCCAGAGUUGACCUACAUCGACAGCUUAGGCAACUCAGUUCCCAUCCGCUAUGGUGGCCACGGAUCCGGCAUCAAUUUUUGCACACCCAUAUUCGAGGAGUUCUACAAUCCGCAGUUGGAUAAACGAACCGCAUAUAGAAUAAUCGAAAAAUGUGUGUUCGAGAUCCAAAAACGAUUUGUUAUCAAUUUGCGCAACUUCGAUGUGUUUAUGAUAAAUCGAGAGGGCAUUACCAAGCUGGAUUCCAUAAACCAGCAGUCCUUCAGAGCCCAAGUGAUGGCAAAUCCCCCGACAAGGGAAUGAAGCAUUUAAUAACAAUUUAAUA